AUGGCAGGGGAGGGCAGAGGGACCCAGAGGACCCAGGAGGGGCAGUAGGAUCUGCUGGGCUGGUGGGGAGAGGGGCUGUGCCACAUCCUCCUCCUCUUGUCCCCUCCCCACCCUCAGAAGCCCUCUGUGACUGCCCGUGCUCUGUGAUGCAGGCCUGGGACCGCAUAUGUGGCAGCCCAGCACCCUCAGCUCUCAGUUGCUGCGGCAGCCCUGCUCUUCAGCCAUGGAGAACAUUCUCUAUUUACUGAACAGCGACACGGACCUAUGGCAGAGCUUACGCUCGGCUGCUUUGAAUUUAGACCCCCAGUUCACUUUUCUCAGUGGUUUGGGGCUACUAUUCCUCUACCUAACGUACCUGGUGGUAGACUCCUUUUUAUCAACCACCUGGGACAUUCAUGACAACCCAGAGCCUCAGGACAGAGGGGAGAUAAAAAGGCAAGGCGGGAUGCGGAGAGGUAGGAGGAGAAUUAGCCAGAGGGAAGCAGAGGAGGAAAGGAGGAUGCUUACCAUCCUCACCAGCUCCUUUGGUGAGGAUGACGACAUAAUGAGUUUUCGUCGAGCUCUAUGUCCGGACCCCUUCUGCGGCAUGUGUAUUAGGGCAACUAGUGACAUCAUGAACGUGCUGUUCCAGGGGACCCUGGAAGAUCCUGCUCCAUCCAGGUCACGUUCGGAGUCUGAAGUUUCCCCAACAGCAUCGUCCUACAGUUUGUCCUCUAGCCCCUCGGCAAGCCCUCCCCGUCCAGGAGAACUGACACCUGCUUCUGUGCUCGAGCCUUCUCCACCUGCCGCCUCCAUUCUCUUACCUGCCCUGGUGACCCCCUUACCUGCGUCCCUUUCUCCCACCCUCACCACUGGGUGACUCUGCCCCAGAGCCUCACCAGUCCCCACCCCAGCGCUUGCCUUUUCCUCUGCCACCACCUCAGAGCCCCCCGGGGCCCCUCCAACUCCACGACUCCCUUCUGUGAACUGAUACAAAGAGCCCUGGCAGUCUCCUUCGAGCCCGUUGCUCUCACUGGGCAGGAGCUGUGUGUGUCCAUGGCUUCCUGAUUCAGUAAAUUGUUAAAUAGCUUUUGCUUAAA